AUGUACCCCUACAGGUUCUACGAAGAGAUUCCCGAACACCAGGAAAUCAAGAAGGAAGAGAUACUGAUGAACGUCCGUUUUGAAACCGUAAGUCUCCAAGUCCUGAAAUUCUCAUAUUCAACUUUUCUUUUUCCAGCUCAAGUUCAAAGAAAGUUUGCGCCGGAAGAUGUUCGAAAAGGGAGAGAUAAACGAGGUACGGGUUUAUUUCAAUGCACCAAAGUAACAAAAAUAAUGGUUUUCGUGCCAAAAUGCGCAAUGCGAAACCUCAAUUAGAGUUGAAAUUUUGGUCUUUUUUCAGGCAUAUCCUACUUAAUUUUAUUGAUUUUUUUGAGUUGAUUGGCCUCUGACUUCAAACAAUAGAGAAAAGAGAAUAGAAAGAUACUUCAUUAUAAGGAGCAUCUAACAAGGGAGGUACUUCCCUAUGUGGUUGGGAGCCCCAAAAUGCCUAUUUUAACGGAUUUUGAGGGUUUUCUUUGACUUCGAUGUGUUCUUUCUCAAAACUAAGAAUUUGUGCAGUUUGAGACUUUCGGGAUCUUCUUUUGAUACUUUAAUAAGUGUACUGGCCAUUUUAAAAAAUAAUCCCAACCGCAAAAAUAAAUUACUUUCCUUGUAAAAAAAUUUCAAAUCCAUAGUGUCUAGUUCGCUCCACCAGACUACAGUAACACCCUUCAAUAUUAGGAAUGAAAUAUGAUCUCAUAGUUGAAACUGUUCUGAACAUUACUCAAUUUACAGAAAGAAUUUCUCGAGAUGACACGCCGAGCAGAAGUCGACGCCUUCUACCCGCCGUCAGAAGAAGAUACGCCGACAGUGUAUUUUUGGCCGAAGACGACGGACGAAGGAGAAACAGAAGAUCCGGAACUGGCGGCUCUCGCCGAAGACGAGAGAUGUGUCACCCCGAAGCCGACCGUGAACGAACUGGAUUGGCUAUAUGAGGACGACGAGGAGCUGGCUCUGGAGGGAAAGGUCCCUAUUUCUCGGGGGCCAAUGACACCCCCGCCCGAAACCCCAGAGCCGACAUUUGAUUUCGUGCCACUGUUUUUCCCCCCUGAUUCAACUCCCACGUUUGAAGUCGCUUCCUCGAUGGCGGCUUACGCCUCGGAGAUGAUCACAGUGGAGGCUGAGAAGGCUAGAAAUGGCCUUGGUUUCAGCGACACGGCUGGUUAUUCUCAGUUGUGCGAAAAGGUAACAGAUUCUCAUAUCUGAUGGUUCCAUCCUUUUCGCCAACAACCGAGACCAUUAUCAACUUUUUUGCUUUUUCUCCGAGCGGGACUCGAACUUGACCAUUUUGAACAAACUUCCUUCUUUUCUUCUUUUUUAUUGCUAAUUUUUCUAACGGGGAUCGAGUUUUCGACUUCUUCAGCCAGUUCCCUUUCUUCCGACUUUCCUUCUUUUUAUCUCGAUUUCUGCCAUUUUUUCAAGAAGGGAUCAGUUUUGUAACCCUUUGGAAGAUAAAAUGUCCGUUUUUAUUUGAUUUCCUCGAGUCAUAUAUCUCUAUGAAAUGACAGCUCUUUCCCGAUUAAUUAGUUCGGCACUUCCAUUCCUUUGCUCGCCUUUCCAGACAUGAAUUGAGUGAGGAUCGACUUCCUGACCAUUUCAAGGCUUUAAUAGGCAUCUUUCCUCUUGGAGCGUUAUAUUUUUAGCUGAUUACAUCUUCAGAUCUUUUCUCUUCUUUUUUUGCCAUUUCUCCAAGCAGACAUGAUCUCGCAUCUCCUUCAAUAUGCGGGUUUUCUUUCUGUUCUCGUAUCAUUGUAAAUUAUCAUUGUAAAUUGAAUAAAUUGAUCACUAAAUGAUUGUUCAAUAUUUUGGAAAAAAAUUGAUGUUAUUAUUAUUAUCAAAUCGAAUCGAAACUCAAUUCAAAAGCUUUUUCUGAUUUUUUCUCACGAACGAAAUUUAGGAGAAAAUGCAUUUUCUGAGAAAAAUUAAUUCAAAAAACCAUCAUCAAUUAGGAAAAACUUUAUUUCAAGCCGAAGAGGUAUAAAUCUAAUGAAAAUCUCCUUUGGAAGUCUAGCAAGCAUAAUUUGGCAGAAAUUCUUCGGAAAAAGUGGAAAUUAAAGGAAGUCUUCUAGAAGUUCCUAGAUGAUUCUCGACGAUCCUAGAAAAACUGAGAAACAUCUACAAAGCGAGAGGAGAGAGACACCAGACGGCGAAAGAAAAAGUGAGACAAUGGUCUAGGGCGUCGACCUCUGCUCCAAAAUCACUCGUGCUCGUUUCGAAGAAUUCUGCUCCGACCUCUUCCGCAAGACGCUCGAACCAGUGGAGAAGGCUCUUCGCGACGCCAAGCUCGACAAGUCCAAGAUCGAUGAAGUCGUGCUCGUUGGAGGCUCAACCCGCGUGCCGAAGAUCCAGAAGCUGCUCAAGAAUUUCUUCAACGGCAAGGAGCUCAACGGUUCCAUCAAUCCUGACGAAGCCGUCGCCUACGGAGCAGCCGUCCAAGCCGCAGUCCUCUCUGGAGUCCAGGACCAGGCCAUCAAGGACGUCCUUCUCGUCGACGUCGCUCCUCUCAGCCUCGGCAUAGAAACUGCUGGAGGCGUCAUGACCAACCUCAUCGACCGCAACUCUACGAUUCCCUGCCGUGCCACGAAGACCUUCUCGACCUACGCCGACAACCAGCCAGGCGUUUCGAUCCAAGUCUUCGAAGGAGAGCGCGCCAUGACUCGCGACAACCACCGGCUGGGCCUCUUCGAGCUCUCCGGAAUCCCUCCAGCUCCUCGAGGAGUCCCGCAGAUCGACGUCACCUUCGACAUCGACGCCAACGGCAUCCUGAACGUCUCCGCCCAGGACAAGUCGACCGGCAAGCAGAACCGAAUCACGAUCCGCAACGAGAAGGGCCGUCUGUCCCAGGCCGACAUCGACCGUCUCGUCGCCGAGGCCAAGCAGUUCGAGCGAGAAGACGCGUCGCAACGCGAGCGAGUCCAGUCGCGAAACUCGCUCGAGGCCUACGCCUUCCAGGUGAAGCAGGCCUUGGACGAGCACGGCAGGCGGUUGCCGGCCGAAGACGUCAGUCGCGUCCGCGACGCCUGCGAGGAGACGCUCCGCUGGCUCGACGCCAACAGCCUCGCCGAACGCGAAGAGAUCGAGGCUCGCGACAAGGAACUCCGCGGCGUCUGUCAGUCGCUCAUGACGCAGCUCCACCAGCAGUCGUCGCAGCAGUCGCAGGGCUCCUGCGGGACUCCCGGCGCCGCCGGCUUCUCCAACGCCAACUACCCCGCUGGACCGACCGUCGAGGAGGUCGACUAACUUGCAAAUUCGAUAAUUUAUUGUUCAAUUGUACAUAUUCGUUGUAUUCUCACAGUUGUACUCGGGUUUUUUGUUGCUUUAAUAAAUCCGCUUUGAAAAGAGAAACGUGUUCUUUGUUCACAUUGAAAUGGAAGAAACCUGAAAUUCUGGACGAUUCUUUGAUGGGCCGGCAAAAUCUUCAUGAUAUUCGAAAUCGCCUUGACUUUCGCUGACUUCAUCUUGGCCACUGCUUUCCCUCGGAGUUGCUUCAUUUUUGAGCCGACCUGACAUUAAUUUGAAUGAAUAGACGAUGAUACGACGGCGAUGUGAUAAUGGCGCAUGGCCGAAUCGGUUCAUUUUUGUACAAAAUUGACGAAAAAAGGAGAAUUUCCUUUUUUGUAAUUCUGAAGCUUUUUCUAUGAUUGGAUUCACAAUAACUAGAACAAGGGGUAUUAAAUUAAACUUUAAACUGGAUGUAUAUCAUUUCUUCAAAACGUACUGCGCCUUGGGAUUCAUAAAGGUUAAGCUCAAUUUCGAGCUCAAAAUUUAACAAAAAUAGAAAGUUUGGUUUCUUAAAAUCUCCAAUUCUUGCUCCAUGAUCGAAACUUUUCCAUCCAUCAACUUAAAAUUCUGAAAAAAAAAAACAAACAACAAAGUAACCGCGGAAGACACGAUCCACACAAAAACUUUACAAAGUUAUCAAAAAAACCAAAAAAAAAUCAUUUAUUUGAUUAUUAGUAGAUACAUGACAAGACAAGAGACUUCACAAAGACAUGAAAGGGGUUAGAGUGUUAGUAUUUCGUUAGUAAAGGUAAAAAUGCUUUCAAAAGGUAAAAUUGAAGGAUUUUAUUGCUUUCGUGAAGUUCGAGUACAAGUUCAAAAUGUUCAAAAAAAUUUCAAUAUGUACAAAAAUCGUGUGUGGGAAGAGAUUACGGUAGUCACUCAAGGGCUAUCGUAGGGAAAAUGAACGAAAAAUGGUCAGCUUUCUCCCAGAAAAGCAAGAGAGAGUAGGUUUUGAGGAGACUCUAGAGAAGAUUUCGUGGACCGCCGUCUGAAAGGACCUCUAAAGUGACCCCUUCAGGGUCUAGAGUCCUUUAAAGUCUUCUAAAGACCUUCAAAGUUGGUACUUCAGGCUCUAAAGUCCUCUAAAGUCCUCUAAAGACCUCUAAAAUGACUUCUUCAGGCCCUAAAGUCCCCUAAAGACCUCUAA